UAAAAGCCUCCGUGCGCACGGACUGUGGUGAACAUACAACAGGUGUCCCGCAAUCGUCUCUUUUGCGAUACCGGUUCGGUUCUCCAUUUUGCUUCCCCCAUCUGUUUACUCCUCUUUGCCUUUCACUCCGGAACGAGUGAACAGAGAUACAGCCGAGCGUGGACGCGAGCGUGUGCUGAACCCAAGUGUGUGGAUCGGCGUAAUAUGAUGUCGGAGACCGUGGUGACAAUGGAUGGUUCCAGCAAUAACGCCAGCAAUAAUCCACGACAAGUACCGACGGUGAAGACGGAACCGGGUCAACCGAAUCCCCUAUCUGGCAUCAGAUUGAAUGUGGCUUAUUUCAAGACCAUACCCGGUAUUCUCAAGUUAACGCAGCUGGUUCUGGGCAUGAUAUGUAUGGCAUGCGCAUCUCCUGCAUAUUUAGGUGCGACGCACUGGUUUCUAUUUGUUGCGGUAACGUCCUUUAUAUCUACACUCAUAUGGUGUGCUGUGUACUUUCUGUCCCUUCGGGAAGUACUUAAGGUGCCCAUCAACUGGAUUUUAACUGAACUUCUAAAUACGUCUAUAAAAGCCGUGCUUUAUAUGAUUGCAUUCAUCGCCCAGUUGUCGGCUUGGACAGCUUACAGAAGUUCAUCCACCGUAUCAUCGAAUAUCGCUGCUGGAGUUUUUGGAAUUUUUAAUACCAUUGCAUACGCCGCCGGGGCUUAUUUCCUAUACAUCGAAUGGAAGAACACUAACAUACAAUGAACAUCGUCGGCCUACAGAGAAGCCAGUGGCAAUCAACAUCAAUAAUUGACACUAGGAUCUCCUCAUCCGUCUAAAGGUUUUGGCAUUAAAAUUCGAUAGGAACGUCAGCGCUGGGAGGAGCGGCUUAAAACUAGUCUAGCGUGAUCCUUCUCAAAUUGUGUAUAGCUUAAAGAAAGACUUUAUCAAUGUGUCUUAAAAUUAGUUACUUGUCGUGAUUGUGAUCGUUAGGACAGAACCCGCUGCCGUUUUGAGAAGGGUCGAUAAAAUCUCAAAAACGAGAAUAAAGUGUGCAACAAUCAAGAUACUAUGGCUGCGUUUCGAUAUUCACUGUCAGUAUCAAAAAUCUAUGGUAUACAUGACGCAAAUAUACGUCGUAUGUACGUGUGAACGUGAAUAACGUUAUAUAUUUUCAGUACUGGCAGUGAAUAUCGAAACGCAAUCUCCGAAGACGAUUAUAUUGCAAAAUCUUCAACACAAUUUGCAAAACCAUCUAACAUGCGCAUAUGUAAUUUUAUCUAAACUUAUAUAAAUAAAAAAGUGACAUUUUUUUAAUUAUUCUAUUUAGAAUGAAAAAAGUGUUGAAGAAAAAUGUUCUUUUAUAUAAAAAUUUCAAUAUUUCAUAUUAAAUGGGAAGGUUGAAUAUUAUAUAUUUAAUACUUGUAUUAAUGAAAAAAUAAAUAUCUGUAGAUAAGAUACACAAUGUGGUGUAUAUUACAGAUAAUUAUAUUUUGUGACGGAUAAUAUUCCUCAUCCAAUUUUUCAUGCAACGCUACUGUACUUUCGUCAUUAUUAAUAUUUAUUUAAAAUUUGUAAUUAAUGAAGUUUUAUUUUAUUAUAUAAUAAGUGGAAUUUAUAACAUCUAAUAUUAUAGGCAAAUUUAAUUUUUGUUAAACAUUUCUUAAGCAAAAUUUUUGUUGAAUUAUUUGUGAGACAUCAUUUCAUUGUACUUUAAUUUGGUAUAAUUUUUUGAAAAAUGAUAAAAUUAGUUUUAAAAGGCAUUGUAUCAUGUACGAUGAGUUCUUAGGGAAUAUCAGUUUCUUUCAAUCAAUAUAAAUUAUUAUAAAUUUAAUGCUUAAUUUUUAACCUGAAAUUAUUUAAACGAUUAAGAGAUUCACUUUGGAUGAUUAUAUUUGCCGGCAAUUUUCAGCAAGUAUCAAUUUAUAAACUUCUGAUGAUUCCAAUGUAUCAACUUCUCGUGCAUCUGAUACACAUGCGUGAAAUUUCUAACAUUAUUUUCUAAAACGUCAUUUAUUCGUACUUUUAUGCAUUAUAUUGCGAGAGAUUUUAUUUAUAUAUACAUGUAAUUCUUUAUACAUAAUAUGUAUGCAGAUAAGAUACCUAUACAAUAUUAUAUAUUUUCUCUACAUUGAAUGCAGUAUAACUUUUUUUUAUCUUUACAAUAAAAUUUUUUUUCUUUCCUAUUUGCAUGUAAAUCAUAAAUUUUAAAUACAUUAUGCGAAUCGAAAAAUAAGAUAUUUUUUAACAUUAUCCCAAACUUUUAUUUAAACAAAUAAAUAAAUAACGUUUUUGUUAAAAAAAAGUUUUUAACAAUAAAAUUAAGGUGAAAAAUUGCAAAAAAUAUCAAAAUAGAAAAAAAUAAUGGUGCUUUUCAACAUAAGUAGUAAUACAUACUUGCAUGAUGUACUCAAGAUUCAACCUCCAUAAAUUACCUAAAAUAAAAAAAUAGAUAUUUUAAAUUGGCAUCUUUUUAUUUUUACGUUUGUCACUUUUUGGUUCAUACCUAGUAUCUUUUUCCGAAUUUUUCUAUUUUUUUUAUCACAUAAAAAAACAAUUUUUUUUUAUAAAAAUUUAAUUUUUAAGUUCAGAUUUGUCUGGUUUAACAAGAAAUAAAUAUUUCAAAAAUUGUUUCCUUCUUCCCAAUAUUAAAAAAUAUCUUUUUCAAUUUACUAGAUUCUAAUAACUUGUUUCGACAGAAUCAAUUAUAGAAUUGUGCAUAUACUCUAUAAUUUUUUUUUUUAUUUUAUGUGAAGACAAAAUAUUAAGUGUCUUUACAUAUUUUUCAAGAUAAUUUGCAGGAUCUUCAAGAUAAUCUCGAAUCAUGUUGUGUAAUUCAUUGUAACGUUGAUUAAUUAAAGUGGACAUUACGUGUAGUAA